CCUCCGCCUGCCGUUUGCGGCGUUCCCUGGGCGGGGUACUUAUAUUAUCUGAUAACUCUCUUCCGCCCGCCAUCCACCACCAUGUUCUCCAGGGUCUCCUCGCAGGCAGGCAACGCCGUCUCUCGCGCCGCCCUCAGGCAGUCCGUCUCGCGCGCAGCGGUCAAGAAUGCGCGCAGAACACUCGUCCAGCCCUCCGGCGCUGACCGGGCCAGCGUCGUCGAUGUGCCAUCCUCCUACGAGGGCGAGGAUCACUUUACGCCUCGGUCAGAUAUGCUCGGAUUCAAGCUCGAGGCACCGACCCGGGAGGGUGUACUAGGCGAGAAGGUCCGCCCGAUUUACCUUGACAUGCAGGCAACGACACCAGUCGACCCGCGAGUACUGGACGCUAUGCUCCCAUAUUUCACGGAUUUGUACGGCAACCCACACAGUCGGACUCACGCUUAUGGAUGGGAAGCGGAGAAGGCCGUCGAGGAUGCGCGGAAGAACAUUGCAGAUCUCAUUGGUGCUGACCCGAAAGACAUCGUCUUUACGUCGGGUGCCACCGAGUCAAAUAACAUGGCCCUCAAGGGUGUUGCGCGGUUCCACAAGGAACGCAAGCGGCACAUCAUCACGACACAGACAGAGCACAAGUGCGUGCUCGACUCAUGCCGCAAGCUCCAGGAGGAGGGUUUCGACGUGACGUACCUCCCUGUGCAACAGAACGGUAUCGUUGACCUCGCCGAACUUGAGGCCGCUCUGCGCCCGGACACUUCCAUUGUGUCGAUCAUGACGGUCAACAACGAGACCGGAGUCAUCCAGCCCAUCAAGGAGAUCGGUGCGCUCCUUCGCAAGCACCGCGGGGUCUACUUCCACACGGACGCCGCGCAGGCGGCAGGCAAGAUUCCUCUCGACGUCAACGAGGCGAACAUCGACCUCAUGAGCUUGUCGGGCCACAAAAUCUACGGCCCGAAGGGCAUUGGCGCCGCAUACGUGCGCCGGCGCCCACGCGUGAGGCUCGAGCCGAUCAUCGACGGCGGUGGCCAGGAGCGUGGUCUGCGUAGCGGCACCCUCGCCACCCCGCUCAUCGUCGGUAUGGGUGAGGCUGCACGCAUUGCGAAGCAGGAGAUGGCGCGGGACCACGCGCGCAUCAAGGAGCUCGCGGACCGCCUUAUCAAUGGCAUCUCUGCGAAGGUCGACCACGUCGUUCGGAACGGUGACACGAACGGCUACCCCGGCUGCGUCAACCUCAGUUUCGCGUACGUCGAGGGCGAGUCGCUCCUCAUGGCACUGAAGGACAUCGCACUCUCAUCCGGUAGUGCAUGCACAUCUGCAUCGCUCGAGCCGUCGUAUGUCCUCCGCGCGCUUGGCGCGGCCGAGGACAUGGCGCACUCGUCACUGCGCUUCGGCAUGGGCCGCUUCACGACGGAGGCGGAGAUCGACUAUGUCGUCGAGAAAAUUGUGUCCGUUGUCCAGAGACUGCGCGACAUGAGCCCGCUCUGGGAGAUGGUCCAGGAGGGCAUCGACAUCAACAGCAUCAACUGGGCCCAGCACUAAGCGUUCUUCUCGUCCAUUCCGCUCGCGGUUCGUCUGGUGUCGUGGUUGGUCUUUGGUGUGGCUGUUCUUUUGCCGCUCAGUUCUGUUCAUUAUUAGUUGCAGACUAGGUGCCUUCCCUCCUUGUUGAUGUUCGCCUACCUAUUUUUUGUCUGUUGUGUCUCGAGCACUUCCCCCGUGUAACACUAGCUAGUGUAGUAAGGAGCUUUAUACGCCACUAAGAAGACAGUUCUUCUUGGCCACAGUA